AUGGAUUGCGUAGCACCAUAUCCGCAAAUUACCGGUGGGACGGCUCGGAUUCUGUCCACUCCUCUUGGAUAUUGUCAAUGCGUCUUCGUAGUUUUAUUAUCUUGGUGUUGUCCCGCGUUAUCUCUUAUUUCGACCAAACUCACCGGAAAAUUGGUGGGAGUUAAUGCAGACGAAUGCAGCUGUUGGUUAUCCAGAAUUUACUUUGAGUGGUCUAACUCGACGUUACCCAUAAUUAAACUGGCGUCUAGCAAGAUCAAUAGCCGGCUUGACCGGCUUCUUCCGGAUUAUCUUCGUGAUACGGUGGAAUGGAUAACCAAGUAA